AUGACUUUUGAACAACAAUUAACAACACUUUUAGAAGAAACAAGAGCCAAAAUUACUCUGCAGGAUACAGAAAAAAGUGACGAACUUGAUCUAAAUAAUAUUUCAUUUGGAAGUUUAUCUAAAUUUCAAGAGAUUAACCAAAGAAUAAAAGAUAAUGAUAAAACGCAAUACCAAGAGGUUGAAUCCCAAACAGAAGAGGAAGAAAAUGACCAACAUUUUCAGCGAUCAAGUUUCUAUAAGGAAGCAAUAGCACCUUCAAAAGAUAAUAAUAAUAUAACUGAAAUGAAGAAGAAAAUGCUCCCGAAAAAGAACUUUCCCAGGAAGUUCUUAGACAAAUACUAG